AAAAACAUGAUAAAAUAUUUUUUAUUGGAAAUUCAAUUUUCUAUGAAAAAGGUAUUAUGAAAUUUUUCCACAAACCGAUCGGUUUGUGAGUUAUUUGUGAAAUUAUUUGCAUAAGUUUCGAAAUCUUCGGUUUUCGUUACCUUGUGAGCCUCUUCAGGGGGCGCUCCAGCGUAAACACUGUCGCCAUUUUAUUUCUGAAGUGUCAAUGCUGGAUUAGAGCGUUUCCCAGCAUUUCGGAGCUGUUUAAUUAUUCUGCUAGCGAUUAGAAUUUAAUUAAGAGUGAAAACCUUGUGAAUUUUGAGAGAAAAAUGUCGACUGCUGCGAGACCCACGUUUGACGGGGCUAGGGGAGGACAAGGACGUGGGGAGAAGGAUCUCAGUGCUAUUUCCAAGCAGUACAGUAGCAGAGAUCUACCUGGACACACGAAAUUAAAAUACAGAGAGCAUGGACAAGGAACGACUGAGGAACUUCGCACCAGAGACUUCAGAAAGGAAUUGGAGGAGCGGGAAGUCGAGAAGACGAGCAAAUCAUCGAACAGGAGGAUGGUAGAGCCCUCGAGGGAGCCAGUACAGCCUAGCAAACGUCAGAAGGCCGAUCAAGUCCCAGCAGCGAGUCUCGAUGCUGAUGAUCCUUUGGAUGAAGAUGAUUCAGACUCUGACAGUGAUGAGGAUGACACUGCAGCACUUCUCGCUGAGCUGCAGCAGAUUAAGAAGGAGAGAGCUGCCGAUAACGCCAAGAAGGAACUGGAGAAGAGACAGGAGGAGGAGAGGAUCAGAAUGGAGAACAUUUUAUCAGGAAAUCCAUUGCUGAAUUACUCGGCUCAAGCCACUCGCACAGACAUGAAGGUGAGACGACGAUGGGACGAUGAUGUCGUCUUCAAGAACUGUGCGAGGACAGAACCCAAGAAGAAACACGAUGUCUUCAUCAAUGACUCCCUCAGGAGUGACUUCCACCGUAAAUUCAUGGAGAAAUAUGUUAAAUAAGACUGAUGGUUACUCUCUUCAUUAUUAAUUUCAGUUUGUGGACGUCUAGAAUUAAGAAUUAAUCGUCAAUUUCGAGGCAUUGUAAAUAGAAGAAUUGAAAGUCAAUAAAGAAGAAACAACAUUAUUUAAA